GGAAUAGUACAUAGUUCCAUAGUCCAGCUACGGGACAUAUUUCCUUGCAGAGCCCACAAAUUCGCUGUAUCAUCGCAUUGGCUAAAGGGAGGGCACCGCUCCGCGCUCCCGCAAAAUAAAAGCCUCUCUCUUCCCAAAUUUCAAAAUCCUUCAUUUUGUUCUGGAAGGGCACAAAUUGUCUGCAAAAAAUCACUAGCUGCCCCUCCGAAAAACCCUAGAAUCCACCCCUUUCAUUCUUCUGAUUCGAGUUCCCCGCCACCUUGUCCAGCUCGAUGGCGACUCUUCAAAUCGAGAACGACGAGAAGGAUAAACCACUCUCCGAUGGUAGUAGCGACGACGAUGACGGAGACGAUGACUUUGCGGACGACAUGGCAAGCCUCAGGCAAGCUUGCCUGAUUGCUGGCAAAGAUGUGAACCGCUUAGACGACGACAAUGCAAUCAUUUGCUGCGGUAGCAAUCCUUCCAGCCCCGGGAGUGAAGAUGACCUGGAAUUGCUGCGCGGCGUUCGAGAGCGGUUUCUGUUGCCAGAUGAAAUGUAUAAGCCUCUCUGUGCACUCCCUCCGGAGAGUGACGAAGAUGGAGAAGAUGAUCUCGAAACCUUAACAUCUAUCCAGAGACGUUUUGCCGCAUAUAUCGAUAGCGAUGCAAAAGGAGAAGUGAGUUGGAGUAAGAAAUCUGAAAUGGAUCCGUUGUCUUCGAUUGGCACCUCAGAGGCCAACGUUUCUGACAUUUCAUUGGUGGGUAAAACUAAUGCUAUUCAAGUGGUUGAGGAUUUUGAAGACAAUGCUAACACCACCAAUUUGUUGAGUGAUAGCGUGGAGAUGCAACCAGCUGGCUCUGUUGUGGUCCACCAAUCCGCUGCUUGCCAGUCAUCAACAGUGGCAACUAAAUAUUUCAGAUCCCCAGAGACUUUUCAGGUGAUUUUUGGGGCCAUUAAGAAGAACAGGGCGCUUCAGAACUUAAUUCAGGCCAAGUUGUGUCAGAUUGAAGCAAGACUGGAGGAGAACGAUGAAUUGAGGAAGCGUAUGAAAAUGCUCAAGAGUCUUGAGGUUUCGUGUAGAAAAAAUACGGGACGUAAUCUAGCUCAGGGCAAGAAUCCUCUAAUCCAGUUGAUAUCAACAAAACCUACUACCAAUUCCAAAGAUUCAAAGGCUAAGGAUACGAAGGCAUCUGCCAUAUGCAGUGGCCCAGUGGAGAAUUCUCAGGCUCCUUAUUACAGAGAAGCUUUGGAGAUGUUCCCAUUUUCAUUUGAGCAAAGGAAGUGGGACGAACGUGAAGACAAAAAACUGAAGGAGGGAUUGGAACAACAAUAUCAAGAAAUGUUGUCGCAGGCAGCAAUGGAGCAAGUCAGUAGUUCAGGAUCUGGCGGUCAGACAAAUGACUUGGACAGCAUCCUUAAGUCCAUCAAAGAUCUGGAGAUUACACCGCAAAUGAUGAAGCAGUUUCUGCCUAAGGUUGACUGGGAUAAGUUGGCCUUUAUGAACGUGGAAAGUCGCUCCGGUGCUGAAUGUCAAGCACGAUGGUUGAAUUCAUCAUGCCCGCUUAUCAAUAAGAGUGGAUGGAGCAAACAAGAGCAGAAACUUCUAUAUUCUCUUACCAGUAGCAAGGGGAUACAAAAUUGGUCUGAGAUCGCGUCAUUACUGGGGACAAACAGAACUCCAUUUCAGUGCUUGGAACGUUUUCAGAGGAGUUUAAAUCCUCGUGUUCUGAAGAGCCAGUGGACAAAAGAGGAGGAUGCCCAACUUAGAGCUGCUGUCCAAAAAUUUGGUGAAUGUAACUGGCAGUCUGUGGCUGCAACUCUGAGAGAGCGGACUGGUACACAAUGCUCGAACAGGUGGAAGAAAAGUCUUCGCCUAAAUGGUAAAGGGACCUGGAAAACAGAAGAAGACAAAAGAUUGAAAUUAGCUGUGAAGUUUUUUGGUCCAAAAGAUUGGAAGAAAGUUGCUCAGUUUGUGCCUGGUCGAAAAGAUGUGCAAUGUCGAGAGAGGUGGCAUAAUUCUUGCUCUCCUUCCCUUAAUCGCGGUGCAUGGAGUGAAGAGGAGGACUUGCAAUUAAAGGCGGCUUUUGAAGAGCAUGGACAUUGUUGGUCUAAGAUUUCUCAUCAUCUUCCUGGUCGAACUGAUAAUGAGUGCAUGAGAAGGUGGAAGGUUCUAUUUCCUGAGGCAGUGCCUUUGCUAGAAGAAGCCAGAAAACUUCGGAAGGCUGCUCUUAUAACCAAUUUUGUGGACCGCGAGGAAGAGCGCCCAGCACUCGGUCCAGAGGAUUUUGCUGCAACCUCGAUAGGAUUGCUACCUCAGGCUAAGAAUGUGGAUGAAUCUGCAAAAUCAAAAAGAAAACCAAGGAGAAAAACACCAUCAACUACAACGAGCAAGGAGGUUAUUCAGCGCAAUACUGAAAAAAGGACUAGACCCAAGAGAACUAGGAGACGGCUGCAAGGUUGUUCACAGCCAGACCGAGUUGAUGCUGAUGACAUAGAUGCUGAAAGCUGUGGUGGCAAUACUACUGUUGGAAAGAAAAGAAGCAUGCAAUCUCCUGUUAGAAGGAAUCAUAUUGCUGAGCAAACUAGGGAACAGUCAGUUGAUUCUAUUAGCUCUCCGGCAGCAAGAAACAGGAUACUAUUGGUUUAUACUAGGAAGAAGAAGGGUCUUGGUGAUUUACACGCAUCGAAGGAUAAUCUUGAAUCAACUGAUGCUCAAGUUGAGGAGCCAUUGUUUGAUGAAACCACUUCAAUUAAGAAAGCCGAGGCUCUUGGAUCUCACAAAAGGAAGGAAAAUCACCAGAUGUCCGGAGUAACAGAGGAGGACAAUGAUACUAGUUCUUCCUUGCUUGAAUGUGGAUCAAAGAAGAAGAAGAAGAGGAAGCUUGAAGUUGGGAGAAACAGUAGCCAGGCUAGUUCUCUUACUGAUGACAAUGAUGCGGGCAUGUGUGGUUCAGAACUCAGAAGGGUUAGUUCCAUGUCUGCUGAUAUUCUGUCCGAAGAGACAUCUAGCCAUAUUAUUGUUUACUGCAGAAGGAAACAACAAACAGAGGAACCAAUAGACUGGAAUUGGGAUCGUGGAAUUAUAAUCGAUGAUGACAUUCCCCUGGCAAGGGCACUUGCUGCUGCAAAAUUGAGGAACGUGUAAGAGAUUCAUCACAUGAGUAAAGGGAUGAUGCGCAUUUUUCCUUUUCGUAAUCAGUUAUUGAUGCAGUGCCAGGUGAACAUGAGUUGCAGGAGGGAGAAGCUCGCAGCUUCGGUCCGAGGCUUAGAUACUAGUUAUGAGGAACUCUGUAUAACAUUUUGCAGGGCCCGGGAGUCUUUAUCAUAGGGUUAUGGUUGUGGAGUGUGAAAAACCCAGGACCAGGAGCCUAUUUUUGUACGGAGUUGCUAGUACUCCCUCUCCCCUACUUACGGUUUUUGUAAUCUGCGACAGCAAUGUCUGGUAACGUUUUUUUUUAACAGGUAUAGUAAUGACUAGAGUGUAGUAUUCAUUUAUCAUGCAAGGAUAGGCUUUGGUAAAGAUGUGUCAUAAUCAUUUCGACUAAAUUGCAAGUCUGGUCACUGGAA